GUACACGCUCCCCCAACCGCACUGACGCACCUGUCGCUUGCCGCGCACACAGGUGUCGGGCCUGGCUGCUUGUAUGUUGCAGGAGAUAGAGGAGAGGAGCACGCGAAUUUGCUAAAUCCAAUAGUGGCGGGAAGAUCAUCUUCAAGAUGAGGACUUCGUUGCUUUGUUUUGCUUUGGGGGUGAUGCUGCGAGGAAUUGAGGCGAAGGAUUGUGCGUGUACUGGGAAGUCCAUGUGUCACUGUGAAGGAGUCAAAGGCAACAAGGGAGAAAGGGGUCGUGCAGGAGAGACGGGUCCACCUGGGUCGGUUGGGCAUCCAGGCUCAGAGGGUCACCUUGGACCUGUGGGGCCAAAGGGAGAUGUGGGCCCUCAUGGACCUCCAGGAACAGAUGGCGAUCGGGGACCUGAAGGUAAAGAAGGAUUUUCUGCGACACCAGGUCUACCGGGCAUCCCAGGCCUUCAAGGACCAAUGGGCCAACCAGGUUCCCCAGGAUGCAAUGGGACAGAGGGUGAGAGAGGUGCUACUGGUCCAGCUGGUCCCUGUGAUGGUGAUGAUGGAUUAAGAGGUUUACCUGGAGCACCUGGACCAAAGGGUGAAUCCCAAAUGUUAAUUGGGUUUGGACAGUCAGGGAGACCUGGACCCCGAGGAAGGGACGGUGACCAGGGUGUCCACGGGGUAACAGGACCGACAGGACAACAAGGGGACGUUGGGCCCCGUGGUGUCGUUGGAUUGCUAGGUCUACCCGGGAUCCCAGGGUUAAAGGGUCAAGAGGGACGCAGCUCCAGUAUCCCUGGCUCUGGUGGUCCAAAGGGACACCAAGGGCCACCUGGAUUCCCGGGACCCAAAGGGAUCAAACUAUAUGCCCACGCUCCCUCCGAUUUGAAGGGGGAGACAGGGGAUCUGGGUGAGAAGGGCUGUAAGGGUUCACCUGGUUAUGCUGGCCAGGUCAACUUUAAGGAAAAAGGGGACCAGGGGGGCAUUGGCACUGAGGGAAGACCAGGGAAAGAUGGGCGUCAAGGGCCCGCUGGAUAUGAGGGGAGAAAGGGGAAUCCCGGUUUAGCAGGACCUGAUGGAAUACCUGGACCGCGGGGAAAGAAGGGCGUCCAGGGUCAAGACGGAGACCCUGGGGAGGUGACCAUGAUUGGCUGUGACGUAAUUGGCCCCAAAGGACAACCAGGAUUUACUGGCCCCCCGGGUCCCCCCGGGGUUACUGGUCCCCCAGGUGCCACUGGAUUCCAGGGGCCUCCUGGGUCUCCAGGUCCUAACAACGGAGGAGAUCCCUACAAUCGGGGAGCGAAGGGCCACAGUGGGCCUAAAGGGGAUGAAGGAGAGCCAGGACCCAUCAUCCAGGGAGAGCCAGGCAGGGAAGGCUCACAAGGAACAACUGGAGACCUUGGACCCCCGGGACCACCUGGAGAAUCAGAUAAUCUGAAGGGUGUUAUCGGACCUCCGGGGGCAAAGGGAGCCAAGGGAGAACAAGGGUACGGUGGCCAUUAUGGAUCGAAAGGUGAGAAAGGGGAGGUCUGUAGUUUGUGUACGGGAAAAGGAUCUGGAGAGCCGGGACCCCCAGGUUCCCCUGGUCAGCCUGGAGUCCCAGGCUUUAGUGCAGGACCAGGACCCAAAGGAGAGCCAGGAUUCAAAGGACCCUCGGGAUCACCUGGACAACAGGGUCUCCAUGGCCCUUCAGGUGUUCCAGGACCCCCAGGGCCAAAAGGAAAUUCAGGUUCCUGCAAUCACCAGGGGAUAAAGGGAGAGAAAGGAGCCCCAGGACCAGCUGGCAGAUCAGGGCUGGACGGCCUAUACGGGGCCCCUGGCUUUCGUGGACGCAAGGGCCAACAAGGCCCUAAGGGUGAUCCAUACGAUGGGCCACUGGGUCUGAAGGGAGAUACUGGUGUCCCGGGCCCUCCCGGGCCACAGGGAUACCCAGGACCAGACGGUUCACCAGGUCCAGUAGGCAUAGGACCGCUUGGCCCCCCAGGACCUAAAGGCAAUAGUGGGGUACCAGGUCUACCUGGUACACCUGGUUACCGAGGUCAGAAGGGCGAGCCCUGCAGCGGUGUGGCUGACCAGGGAGUCCCAGGCCUACCGGGAAAGGCGGGGCUGCCGGGCACACGGGGCCCCCCAGGUCCUCGUGGUGGUGCUGGUAACCCGGGGGAGAAAGGGGACAGUGGUGUAUUCUCCACCCUGGGAAGACGAGGACCCACUGGACAGAAAGGUGACAAAGGGCAGCCGGGACGCCCAAGUACCUCUGGAAGUGGCUAUCCUGGACGACCCGGCGUAAUGGGAUUCCCUGGAGCUCAAGGGCCAAAGGGUGAUGCUGGGUUUGAGACCCUAGGUCCAGCCGGCCCUAAAGGUUUCCCAGGUGGUGUUGGGGCCCAGGGCCCUCCUGGAGAUCCAGGAGUACUGGGCCGACCAGGGAGUCCGGGACCACCCGGCAUCAAUGGGUCUUCAGGCCCCAAAGGAAGUAAAGGUGUAGAUGGUUCCCAAGGACCUCCUGGUUACGCAGGUACUUGCUGUACUGAAGCCCCAACCGGACCACCAGGGCUGUCAGGCAGACCUGGACCCCCAGGUAUUAAUGGAGAGAUGGGUUCGUGCGGGGACCCUGGCACCCCGGGGUUUGGAAGCUCAGGUCCGGCUGGUGACCCUGGGCCCCCUGGGGCCUCCGGACCCGUAGUGCAAGGCCUGACUGGACAGAUGGGAGGCAGAGGGAGAGACGGGUUACCAGGUGCAUCAGGUCCUAGAGGUGACCCUGGGCUGGAAGGAAGAUCUGGACCGGGCCCUGACGGCCCACCUGGACCUGAAGGACCACCCGGUCCUAAAGGGUCGGUUGGCCCUGAUGGGGAGAAAGGUCACAGUGGUGUACCAGGCUCUGUGGGGGACGACGGGCCCCCAGGCCCUUGUGGACCAUCAUCCGAUACAGUCAUACAUGGGCCCCCAGGGGACCCUGGGAAACAUGGUCUGCCUGGUUUCCAUGGUGCUAAAGGACACCCUGGAUAUCCUGGACCCAAAGGCAUUGAUGGGAGGGACGGUGACCCAGGAAAUGGGCCGAGAGGCUGUCCAGGUGAUCCUGGGGCUGAUGGACUGUGCUCAGGAGGACCAGGCCCAUCUGGACUCAGAGGAAAUAUGGGGCUCAUGGGUCUACCAGGUCCCCAUGGAACACAGGGAGAGCUGGGUUCCAAUGGAGAUGCAGGACUAGACGGUAGGCCCGGUCCACGCGGGCCAAAAGGAACUAAAGGAGAGUCCAGUUGUGCAAAACCAGGCCUCCCAGGAUCACCUGGACAGAAGGGCGAGCCAGCCUUGAAUAACAAACAUGACUCCAAAGGAAUGAAAGGCUCUCCUGGUUACGCAGGUCCUCCAGGCUCCCAAGGACCCUCUGGAGCCAAAGGAGACCCAGGACACCAUGGAGCCCAAGGUCCUGCUGGCCAACCAGGUACUGAUGGUCCCCCAGGCCCCCCAGGACUCCCUGCGUCACAUGGAGCUCCAGGACAGCCAGGGUUACCUGGCCUUCCUGGUCCCUAUGGUCCUAAAGGUAACCAGGGUCACGAUGGCAUUCCUGGACCUGCUGGUCAGAAGGGAGAGACACUGAUUGUGAGAUCAACUCCUGGCCCACGUGGAAAGAAUGGACUGCCAGGUCCAAAGGGAGAUGUGGGUUUCCCUGGCCCCACUCCUCCGGGGCCCCCAGGAUGUCCAGGAGAUCAGGGCCACCGAGGCAACGAAGGACCCCAGGGUUCUCGCGGGAGGCCAGGGUUCGGUGGUGUUUGUGUCAACGGGCUGAAAGGAGAUGCUGGUUCCCAUGGCAACCCUGGAAGCCCUGGACAGCGGGGUCCACAGGGACAGCCAGGGUCUGGAGGCUAUGAAUGUAAAGGGGACAGGGGAGACCUGGGCGCUCCAGGGGGCAGAGGCUUGGACGGGCCUACGGGGGACCUCGGACCUCCAGGGCUACCGGGGCCAGGAUCCAUCCCUGGACCUCCAGGACCAAUCGGUUCCCCAGGUCACUCUGGAACCCCAGGAGUCCCCGGUGAGAUGGGUGAUCCUAGUUUUAACCCCGGCCCGAAAGGACCAAAUGGAUCCAGAGGCCCGCCAGGACCACCAGGUUGUCCGGGGCUUGAUGUGCCAGUGAGACCCGAAAAGGGGGAUCCGGGCCCACCCGGUUACACCGGUAACCAGGGACCUCCAGGUCACAGUGGGCUGCCAGGAGAACCAGGAUUAACAGGCCCCCCAGGCCCUGAGGGUCAACAGGGACACAGCCCUCCAGGCCUGCCUGGCUUCCCCGGAUGCAAGGGAGACAAAGGAUCGCCAGGACUGACAGGGCCGUUGGGCUACCGGGGGUUUCCGGGUCAGAAGGGUCCUCUUGGCCCACGGGGCAGCAGCACGGCAGGCCUGGCUGACAGUUUCCUGCUGGCCCGACACAGCCAGACCAUCAGAGUGCCUGACUGCCCCCAAGGCACCGCCCUCAUCUACUCUGGAUACUCUCUGCUCUUCAUCAAUGGCAACAAAAGGGCUCACGGACAAGACCUGGGCUCCAUUGGCAGCUGCCUGCCUCGUUUCUCCACCAUGCCCUUCCUGUUCUGUGACACGGACAACACCUGUCGCUACGCCGCCCGCAAUGACUACUCCUAUUGGCUGUCCACGGAGAAGCCCAUGCCACGCAGCAUGGACCUGAUCAGAGUAGACGAGAUAAGCAGCUACAUCAGCAGGUGUUCAGUGUGUGAGGGCAGCUCCAAUGCCAUGGCCAUCCACAGCCAGACCGCCCAGGUCCCAGACUGUCCUGGUGACUGGGAAUCCCUGUGGGCUGGAUACUCCUUUGUCAUGCAAACGGGUGCGGGUGCUGAGGGGUCGGGCCAGCCUCUGGGCUCCCCAGGGUCGUGUCUAGAACACUUCCGCCAGGUCCCCUUCAUCGAGUGUCACGGCCGGGGAACCUGUAACUACUUCCCUGACUCCUACAGCUUCUGGCUGGCCUUGCUCGACCCCAACCACAUGUUCAGUAAGCCUGUGCCCCAGACGGUGAAAGGACCUCUUCUAGAGAACGUCAUCAGUCGCUGCCGCGUAUGCAGGAAACCACAAAGCAAUGACAAAUCCAGCCAGGCUCAAGCGCUCACUCAAAAUAUUUGGAAGAUGUAAGAUACUAUUUGCAAACUGGUAUGGUUCCCAGUCCAAAAGACACGGUUGAAUUAUUCUGAAUCAAGACAGACAUCUUUAUUUAAGAUACCUUGGAAUAUCACCUUCUGGGUUGUAAUUAUAUUGAGCUCUUCAUGACUUGCACUGAGGACCACGCAUGUGAUUUUAAUGUAUCUAAGUGGUUUUAUAAAGUCUCAAGCACUGUACUGUAUUUCGCUAUUGUGUUUGGCUCUAUUAACAUGUAUAUUUGAUAAUGUGUCUUGGUUAUUCCCUUCAACAUAGGGUGCUCUCUAACAAACAAAAAAAAAACGUGUUUUUUGUUUUGUUUUGUAUUUGCAAAAAAAAAUGGUUGGAUAUUUCCAAAUAAACAUUCACUCAGA